AUGCAACCGGCCGCCGCAAAAAAGCUGGCGGAGCUGCAAGAGCUCACACGCCGUCAGGCCGAGCUCGUCGCGGCCAUCCUCCAAGACUGCGAUGGCGGCGGCGGGAGAGCAGAGCCGGACGAGGUGCGCCAGAGCCUCGACAGCGCACUGAGCGAGGAGCAAAAGCCCGUGGAUGACGGGCAGGGCGGGUGCACCGCCGCUCCUGCUGCUGUGGCGGAGGCGGAGGAGGCGGAGGGGGAGUCGAACCUGCACCAAGUGCUGCGGAGGUGCUCUACUCGUGCAGCUGUCUCAGCUGUCGCCGCCGCUCCCGAGUCGACGGCUGCGGCGGCAACCCGCUCGAAGGCGCCUCCUCCUCGGUCGUCUCGCACGCCGCCGCCGCGGGCAGCCUCGCGCGCCUUCUCGAUUGCCUCGUCGCCAAACUCCUCGGCACGGCUCCUCCCUCCCGCACCAGCCACGCCCUAUCGCUGCACGCUCUGCGCUCGCCGCCUGCUCUCGUGCGCGUGCUGCCUGCUGGCCGCGCCGUGGACAGUGUGGUCGCUCACGCUGGGGCAGCGCAGGGCCGAGGUCCUCGUCCCGCACUCGACGCCGCACGAGCUGUGGCGGCUGCUCGUCAUGCUGGGCGUCGCCUUCGUGGCGGUGGUCGUGCCGCUCGAGAUCGCCUUCGACGACCACUUCCACCCAAAGCUGCCGUGGGCGGUCGCCAACGUCGGCUUCGACGUGAUCUUCCUCGUCGACGUGUACGUCGCCAUGCGCACGGGCUACUACCUCGACGGGAUGGUCGUGCUCGAGCCCGCCGCCGUCCGCUCGCACUACCUGCACACGCGCUUCGCGCUCGACCUCUUCGUCGCCGCCCCCUUCGCCUGGUUCGUCGGAGGCGACACUUUCGACGAAGACAGCGACUACCACUCGGGCACGCCGGCGAUCGUCCGCGUGCUGCGGCUGCUGCGGCUGGGCCGUGUGGUGCCGAAGCUGAUCCGCAACGACCUCGCCAAGAUCCGCCCCUCCACCUCGUGGCUCCACUCCCACGUCUCCCUCGCGCUCGAGCGGCGCUUCGGCCACGCGGCCGGCCGGGUCGCGCAGCUGUCGGCGCUGCUGCUGAUUGCGUGCCACUGGAGCGGCUGCCUGUGGUGGCUGGUCGGCACGACGGGGUGCAACAUCUUCGACGACGACCCCGCCGCGUGCGAUGACGGGUGGGGUCCGAGCUCCGAGCUGCAGGCCGCGGGACUGCGGGACAAGUACGCGGUCGCCUUCCUGUGGGGCGCCUCCCUCAUGACCUGCCUCGUCCCCUUCGACACGCUCGACGCCAAGCGCGGCCACGUCCUCAAGCGGCUCGAGCUCAUCCAGAGCUUCCUCGCGCGCAGCGACGUGCCCGAGGGUCUGCAGCGGCAGGUGCUCGACUUCUUCACCUACCGGCUCUCCUCGUCGCAGCAGGCCAUGCACGAGAUCGGCUCCGACCUGGCCGGGCUCCCGCGCGAGCUCUCGCUGCGCCUGACGAUGGCGCUCUACGGCGACCUCCUCCAGCACUGCCCCUUCUUCCGCCCGCUCUCCUCGUCGGCGGUGGUGGCGCUCGUGCAGCAGCUGCAGCCGAUGGUCUGCAUGCCCGGCCAGCUGCUCGUGGAGGAGGGGCGGCCCGUCGACACGCUCUACCUCGUGCGGCGCGGCACGGUGCGCGUGUGGGUCAAGUGGGGCUUGCCCGAAGAGCGCACCCUCCUCGCCACCCUCGGCGACAACGACUUUUUCGGAGAGCGGGCACUCGAGGGCACCGACGGCCGCACGGCCUGCGCGCCGCCCGUCGCGCAAGCCACCGCCGAGUGCGCGACGUACUGCGACCUGCUCGUGCUGCCGCGCCACGUCUGCAAGGAGGUGCUCGCCGCAGAGCGACAGCGGGUUCGAGCGGGCCGCCACAGCCUAGGCCACAGCCAGCCAGCCGCGGGCCGGGCGAGCUGCGGAGGAGGCGGCUUGCGCCGCUCUUUGUCCACAUCGCCACCCGUGUUGCUCGCACAGCCGCCCCCGGACGCCACGGCGCUCUCGACGGCGCUCUCGGACGAGAGGUCCGCGCUGGAGAGCCUCGAGGCGCUACGCCGCGGGACCACGAGCCGGAGCUCGCUGGAGCUCGCUGGAGCUCGCUGGAGCUCGCUGGAGCACGCAAUCGUGCAGGCGUCGCGCUCCCCCGCCCGCGCAGAGCACGCCCCCCCCGACGGUGCGGCGCCGCUCCCGCUCGUCCCCGCGCCGCUGCCGCCGCCGGCUGUCGAGUCACUGACGGCCCCGCUCUGCUACGGUCUGCUCCUCACCCUGUUCCCACCCGCGCUCGCGGUAUGCGCCGACCUUGCCGAAGUCGCAAAAAACCAAAGCGCAUACUCCUGCGUCGGCGACAAAGCUGCGGCGCCGGCACCCACCUGGCAGGACUUGAUGAACACGGGCAUCCAGACCGGCAUGGGCUUCGCCAUGGCCGGUGCCCCGCUUGAGAGACAGUCUGACUCGGCAUGCUGCACGCCAAUUGCUUGCCUCCAACAGGGCACCAUCUGCGCAACGAGCGUGAGUAAGCCGUGUCCGACCGAGCAGCCGACGGCAAACUCUGCCUGUGGCGCCUCUUCGGAGGGCCUCGUGUGCAAAUACGACCUGAACUGCAAAGAAAAUCUCGCGGGCGUCGUCGCCGGCUGCUACUUCAUCACCCAAGCAGAGUGCACUGGGGCGGCGUGGCGAGUGUUGCAGGAGUCUUCGGGCCCACCCUCUGAGCAUGCCACCUGCGAGCCCGGCAAGGACUUUGCUUCGGCCGACGGAUGCAACACCUGCUUCUGCCCAGACAACGGGCUGAAGGCCAUGGCGGCCUGUACGGAGAAAGCAUGCCCGACACCCGCAUCCCUCUGCUCGCUGAUCCGCUGCUCUAACGAAGCGAUUGAUACGGUGGGAAGUGACUGCUACAACUGCUACGGCGGCGGCUGUGUCGACUGUUCAGGCUCCGCUCGGCGGCUACUCUUCGCGGCUCAGCCCGAUCCGAAAUGCUGCUGA